GGGAAUUGUGAAGUCAUGAGUCAGGUGAGUGUUUCUGCUUCAGAGGGAAGCUGUUCUCCAUCACUGUAUUCCAAACUCACUUCAUCUGCUAGAGUCAGCUUCCUCCAUCCCAGAACGGGGUCAGUCACAAAUAUCAGGAUUCCAGGGAACAAACCUACACUGAGUCCGAAGCCUUGCAUCCUUCCACAAGCUCCUGCCGUUUCCACCGUAACCGCUGGCAAACUGUGGCAGACGCACAGCAGCUGGGUUCAUAGUACCAAGCAGAAAGAGGAAGCUGGAGCUCAGAGCAGAGCGAAACCCGACAGGAAAUCCUUUCUGUUUGCUGUCAUUGAGAGGACUUCAAAGCUGUAUGGAGACAUAUAUACACCUGUACUGCUUCACAGGACCACACCUGCCAUUGAGGCUGCUGCUGUAACAACACAUCCUGAUGAGGAAGGUGGCAAAACUUCAUCAUUGACUGCAGAAACACAGUGCGCCAUGCUGCCAUCAGCCCAGCUUACACCUUCAGUUCCUGUAAAGGGAGAGGCGUUUGAUUGGAUCAACAGCUCGUCUGCACAUGCUCAGAGUGUCGCCAAAGCCAAGUACCAGUUUCUCUUUGGAAAGACUGAAGACACAAGCUCAUCAGAAACUGUGACUGCUCAAGUCCAAGUCAAAGAGGAAGCCAGCACAAGUGUCGACAGUGCUCUUGAAACUGAUGAUGAUGAUGUCGAUGAGACAUCACUGUUCCAGGAGAUCGACAGGGAGCUGUCUAAUCUGUUAAGUGGCCUGACGGCUCACAGUCAGAAUGCUGCGGCCCAGAGGGGCACAACCACCACCUCACCCAUGAUCCCCUGCACCGGACCGAACGAGACGCCGCUGGAUAUGGCCAAUCGAGGCUUAGAUCUUCAGAACGGCCAGUCCGAGUUAGCCGGGGACUCGCUCCUGACGUCUGGACUGCUGUUUGACUCGUGGUGCGACACGCUCAUAAAGGAUCCCAGCUCAAUGGUUGCUAGCUGCUUCAGCACUGAAAUUGCCGCUCGAGACCCUGAGAAUGCACUGGACUGCCAAAAUAAACCUGACGCCAGCCCAACGAUAGAAACCGAAGGACAUGAGGUCAUGGGGUCAACCUUGCCCAGCCACUCUGAUGACCCAUCUGUGGGACUUCUGGAUGAGUCCCUAGAGGAAACCUGUAAGAUUCUGGCAGAGGUCCCGGGCAUCUGCAGCACCUUUCUGGAAGGGAGCAAACUGCAAGAGAAACCACAGAAGAAGCUACGCUUUGUAGAGAGCAUGACGGAGAGUGUGCUGAACGGAAAGAUGCAGAAUGGAGCAGAGCAGAGCGGUAGCUUGAAAGAGGAUGUGAGUCAGGACAUGGAGCACGCAGAUGUCACAGGAGUGAGACCUGAUCACAAAACACACAGGUGUUUUGAAGGUAAAUCCAGCGCUGGUGAGGAGGCCACAGAUGUCUUCAGCUGUCAGUUUGAGAACAUCCUGGAGUCUGAGCGUCUGCAAGGGACUCUCUACAGCAGUACGAACUCAUUGGACAUGCUGUCCAACCCUGCGCCUGAUCCUGCUCCUCUAACUGCUCUAGAACCCUUGUUUACCUUUGACAUCCCCCUCACGCCCAUGAUUCAACAGCGACUCAAAGACAGAACUCUGUUCCUGGACUCGACCGGAGCUGACCCGAGUGCAGACGUUGAGCUGUUGAGCGUCACCGCCACGCAGAAGAGCAGACGGACGAUUCUGGAGGUCACCUCUUCCUUUCUGUCAUCGACCGUUGAGGACACGGGCACAGCGGGUGCAGCUCUGGUGAACAGUUUGGAUGAGAAGGACCCGAAAGACUGGCUGCACGGCUGUUUGAGCGAUGCGGGGUUGAAGGACAUGCUGUCAGACUGGGACUCAGACAUGGACUCUGUGGAAUGUCUUAAAGACAUAGAUGUUCUUCACAAUGGCAGUCGCAGCGACCAGGAAGCCGCACGGCGCCUGGCCAGACGCCUCUACCACCUGGAGGGCUUCCGGCGCUCGGACGUCGCCAAACAUCUGGGCAAGAAUAAUGACUUCAGUAAGAUGGUAGCAGAAGAAUACCUCACAUUCUUUGAGUUUACAGACUUGACAUUGGACCAAUCACUCAGAUCGUUUCUGAAAGCAUUCUCACUGAUGGGUGAGACUCAGGAGAGAGAGCGAGUGUUAAUUCAUUUUUCGAACCGGUACUAUCAGUGUAACCCCACCAUCAUCACUGCACAAGAUGGAGUUCAUUGCCUCACCUGUGCACUAAUGCUGCUCAACACUGACCUUCAUGGCCCUAAUAUUGGGAAGAAGAUGACGUGCCAGGAAUUCAUUAAUAACCUGGAUGGACUCAAUGCAGGACAAGAUUUCCCCCGAGAGCUGCUAAAGUCAUUGUAUAACUCCAUCAAGAAUGAGAAGCUGGAAUGGGCCGUGGAUGGAGACGAGCUGAAGAAGUCUCUGUCUGAGUUGGCAGAUAAGAACAAUCACGCUCACAUGAAGAGCAUCAGUCGCAUCAGCAGUGGCAGUAAUCCCUUCCUGGACAUCACACACGACCCAAAUGCCGCCGUCUACAAAACCGGCUUCCUCGCCCGCAAAAUCCACGCCGACAUGGAUGGGAAGAAAACGCCCAGAGGAAAGAGAGGAUGGAAAACCUUCGAUGCUGUUCUCAAAGGCAUGAUCCUGUAUUUGCAGAAGGAUGAGUAUAAGCCAGAAAAAGCUCUAUCAGAGGACGAUCUAAAGAACGCCAUCAGCGUGCAUCAUGCUCUAGCCAUCAAAGCCAUGGACUAUGAGAAGAAACCCAACGUUCUGAAGCUCAAGACUGCUGACUGGAGAGUGUUCCUCUUCCAGGCCCAGAGUCCUGAUGAGAUGGAGUCCUGGAUCAGGAUCAUCAACUCAGUGGCGGCCAUGUUUUCCGCACCAUCAUUCCCUGCAGCCAUUGGCUCACAGAAAAAAUUCAGCCGCCCACUGCUGCCGGCAACCACCACCCGAAUGUCUCAGGAAGAGCAGCUGAAAUCCCAUGAGACCAAGCUGAAGCAUGUCUCCACAGAGCUUGCUGAGCACAGAUCCUACCCUCCAGAUAAGAAGGUCAAAGCCAAAGAGAUAGAUGAGUACCGCUUGAAAGAGCACUACCUGGAAUUUGAGGAGAGCCGUUACGAGAUGUAUGUGAAGCUUCUGAAAGAGGGAGUGAAAGAGGUGCUGAUGCCCAGAGAUGGAGACGCAGCGCUGAAGAAAUCUCAGUCCAGCCCAUCCCUGAACCAAGAGUCCCAGCCGGCCGCCGCCAAAGUCAAACGUAACACAUCCGAGCGGAAAGAUCACCGGCCCGAUACACCCAAGGUUACAUAGACAGCCUUCUGCCUCGUGUCAGAGAGCCACUGUAUAUCAUGUGUGACUGUAUUUGGAUGUAAUUUAUUUAUCUGCCGACAGUUGUAUCAGAAAACAUUUGUGUGAAAUGUAAAUCUCUUGAUCUCCCUUGAUCAAUGGGUGCUUGUGGAGCAAAUUGUGCAGAAACGUGAUAUACAUGUGUUUUAUUUUUUAUUUGUGAAUGUGCAAAGAUUUCUUUCUCUUAGUGUGUGCUGUCCCCUUAUUUGCUUUUCCUUCAAGAGAAGUAUUUUCUUCAAUUUAGUGGAAAUUUCCACAUUGAUUUUACCGUAGAUAUACUAGGCAGUAGAGUAGUAGGCUCACUUUGAAGGUUCCCUGUGAUUUUAAUAUAUAAAUUCAGUAAAUGUUGAAAUAUAAAUGCAAACAUAACCACACAUCGAACUGACUACAGCCUGCAGCAAAGGUUUAAAUGGUCUUUGUUUUAUACAUUUUGAGGAUCCAUCAGGAUUUCAGUGCAUGGAUACGAUCCUGAAUUUGUUAUGAAAGCCUUUCAUUGAGGUUAAUGAUAUAUUCCGCUAUCAAUUUACUAACAAACCACCAAAUUCUCAAUAUAUAUUCUCACAGUUAAUGUAUCAUACCAGCAUGUUGCAGCGACGGACAAACUCUAAAUAGAUAAUUUUAUAAUGAUGUUUUAGAGGUACUUGCUGAGUUCUGGCAUUUCAGACUGCAAAGUGAUGUUACCGUGAACAUCAUCAAUUGCGCAGUUUGUGCCAUUUAUUUUUUUAUCUGUUGAAGUAAAGAGUAUACUUCUGCUUUUUUGAGUAGUGUAAAUGCCAAUGCUCUUUUUGUGUAUUUUAUAAUCUUAUAUAUUUGACUUUUUAAUUCUCAGUUCCAAACGUUGUAAAGAUAACGGUAGUAUUUAUAGUGCACUUUAUAAAUGAGUUCUUUUGAGUAUUUUAGAGAGCUUUAUAAAAGGUAGUGAUAAGUUACUUUAUUAUAUCACAGGUUGUUCGAAAAUAACCAAAUUGUGUUGAUUUAGUUGAAGGUACACAGCCGAAGGUACAGCCGUGUUAGUUUGUCUGUGGUUUUGUGUUUUUGCUGUUGUGUUUGGUUUGUUCCAGGACAUGAUUUUUAAAAGACUAUCUGCAUUGUUGUAGGACAUUACACUUUGGAACUAUUGCUUUUCGUGACGCUGAUAUUGAAUUUAAAAUGUCAUUUAUACAUUUGCAUUAUGGAAAGAACCGACGUGAACACUAUAUGAACGUUCUACAUUGUUUAUUGCACACCAACUAAUAUUUUCCAUACCAAACCUAUUGACUUUUUUGAAAGCGGCUAACAUUUAUAAAUAUCGGUUUAUUAUUAUAGCAAUCCCUCCCAUCUAAAAUGACAUUUGUUUACUUGAAAUAUUUUUAUGGACACUUUAUUUUUGUUAGCUUUUUGUUGUUUUUACUCUGAAUUUGAGGACUUUUAGCUAUUUGAUAAAUGGAGAGGAUUCAAUCAUAUCAGUCAUUUCAGGCUCUUAUAACAGACAUUGCAUCUUGUUUUUCUUGCCUUGAAUUUGCAAACACAACAGACGUCAUAACUGUUAUUUCUCUUGUCCAGUUCUGAACACAAAAGCACUUAAUCUUUUUUUUUUUUUUUUUUUUGCUACUUUUAGAACUAAUCGCAUUAUUUCGAGCAUUAUAUAAGCAGAUUACAACCAUAGUAAUUAAUACUACAAAACUGUAAUCAGUAUGUAAGGUGAUAUGAAGAGAUCUACUCUUCUUUUAAUGUGCAGAUGUGUUUUCUGUUGUUUGGUGUUCAUCACUUCUCCAGACCAAAUAGUUUCCUGUGACACUUAACUCUAGCACUAACCCUUUAACUGUGCAUGGCGUACAGAGACUUUUAGUAUUUUUCAAAAGUCAUCUCAUUACUUUAAGUAGGAUGUAGAAAACAGCAAAAGAAAAUGAGAAAGCAUGUUGUAACAAAGAUGGUGGCAUGCAAGUGCACUUUAGGGUUUCUGAAACAAACUGCCUAAAAGAAAAAUAGAUCUAAAAGUGAGAUUAACAUAAAAGUAAUAUUUUAUGAUAGUCUCACUAUUUUGAAUGGCACACUCAUUUUGCCAUAUUUUGUCACAUCUCCGUGUUUACAAUGACAUACAACAUUUUAUUUUCCUUGAACUGAACAUGAUUUGCACGUUACGACUUAUCCAUGCUGACUCCAGCGAUGUCAUUUUUGUGUGUUUACUCUCAUCAAACCCUGUAUUUUCUGAUCUCCUCUCAAAUGAAGGAGAGCAGCUGGUUUGUAAUGCGCCUUAGCCAUCACUUGGGCCAUCUGAUGUCCAAACUCAAACAUAGUGAAUUAGUUUUUAGGUUUUUUUUUUUCUGUGAUCCUGUACUGUUCCUUUAAAUCUGUAAAUGUUGUUAAAUAUACCUGUUGCCCUGUGUUCAGAAAAUUGGAUUUGCUGGUGAGGUGAUCUCUUGGCACUAGCGUGUCUUACGCCUGCCCACUAAGACCAGGGACAUAAUGUUGGCUUCAGUGAAUAAAAUACUGUAUUUAACCGUG